UUCUGCACAUCCAACUUGCCAUUAUACUAGGCUAAGUGUGGUAAAAUUUUGGGCUUAAAACCAUUCUUAACACAUACAAAAAAGGUAAUCAUUCUAAGGCUUAUUUUAACCUAUUUUCUUGUUUUUUUACUAGUUUUGCAACUCGUGUUUUAAUUCCUAUUUUUUUCUUCUAACAAUUAAAUAUAGUCUUUGUAUAUCAUAUCAUGGAUAAUUGAGAAUUAACUAAUUUGAUUUAUAAAAAUAAUUGUCACUUUUAAUUAGAUCAUAUUAUACUUUAUUUCAUAAUUCUUCUUUAUUUAGUCUAGUUUUGAGUCAAUUUUAUUAUUUGUGUUUCAAUUUUUAAUUUUCUAUCUAAACUCAUUUUUUUAAUUCAAAAGGUAAUCAAAUUGUUAAUUGAACAAAGAGUGAUGAAAAUUAGAAAUAUUACAAUCUGAAUUAUUCUUUUAUAAUAUUUUUUGAUUUUAUGCAUUUUAAAUAUAGUUACAUUCCGUUAUGUUAUAACUCUAAUAAAUAGUAUUAUAAAUAAAGAAAAUGGUGAUGCUUAAAUUAAAAAAUAAUACAUAAUAAAGAUUGAAUGAUUUCGGUAAAUUAUAUAUAUAUUUUUUAAGAAAGAAACCUAAAUAUCAUGUUUUUUGUUAUAAAUUUUUUUAGUAAGUACUCUUGUUCUUUAAGAAAUUAUUAAUGUUACUUAUAAAUCUAUUUUUAUAAUUUUAAACAUCAUAUUGUUAAUUUUAAAUUUUUAAUAAAGGAAAUGUUUUAAACAUUUAUACAGAUUUUUAUGUUUAAGUAGGAAUUCAAAAUUAAUUUCUAAUUGAUAGUCCCAGAGAAAAAUAAUUAACCCUAAAAAAUUCAUUUAUAUUAAAUUAAACUAAGCUAUAACAUGUUAAUUUCUCAAGAAAAGAAAGUAUAAUCUUAAUGUAAAAAGUUUCUCCAAAGAAAAAAGUUGAUUUCCUUAGAAUGAAUUAUGCAUAGGAAUAAUAUUAAAUAAAAAAUUAUUAAAAUACUAAAAAGCCGGUGAGCUUUGACAUAAAAUGGGGUUGAUCGUCCAAGUUUGCAUUGCACUCUGUCUCUGGGGGCGUUUGGAAUUUGUUCUAUGCGUAGGUAACAGUGCUACUCUGAGUGAACGUGAAAAUGGCUUCUGUUUUGAAGAGGCUUGCAAGAGCCACUCCCAUUGCAUUGUCGAGUGGCUUCGUUGCCAAAUCGAAUUCCUCUCACAAUCACAAAUACAGUAAUUUCCGGUUACCAUUCACUACUAUAGCUGCCAUUUCCGGUGGAGCCUCCUUCUUCUAUUGCCUUUCCUCACCAAACCUGGUUCAUUUAGAACAAGUGAAAGAAGAGAAUAGUAGAGAUAUCGCUCUGAGUCCUGAUAAAUGGAUCAAAUUUAAGUUGCAAGACACUGCUAGGGUCAGUCACAAUACACAGUUAUUCAGGUUUUCAUUUGAUCCCACUAAGACAUUGGGUUUGGAUGUUUCAUCUUGCAUUAUUACAAGAGCACCAUUGGGACAAGAUGCUGAAGGAAAACCAAAAUACGUGAUACGCCCGUAUACUCCCAUAUCCGAUCCAGAAUCUAAGGGACACUUUGAUUUGUUAAUCAAGGUGUAUCCUGAAGGAAAAAUGAGCCAGCAUUUUGCAAGCUUAAAGCCAGGUGAUGUUGUUGAGGUGAAAGGGCCCAUUGAAAAGCUCAGAUAUAGUCCUAAUAUGAAGAAACAUAUUGGCAUGAUUGCUGGUGGAACAGGAAUUACUCCAAUGCUUCAGGUGAUUGAAGCAAUAUUGAAGAAUCCUAAUGACAAAACUCAGAUAUCAUUGCUUUAUGCUAAUGUCUCCCCAGAUGACAUAUUGCUUAAACAGAAGCUUGACAUUCUAGCAGCUAGCCAUCCAAACUUAAAGAUAUUUUACACUGUAGAUAAUCCAACAAAAAAUUGGAGAGGAGGUGCAGGUUUCAUAUCAAAGGAUAUGGUUGAGAAAGGCUUACAUGGUCCUUGUGAUGAUACUAUUGUGCUUGUUUGUGGCCCCCCUGGGAUGAUGAAACAUAUAUCUGGGGACAAGGCUAAAGACCGGUCACAAGGAGAGCUUAGUGGCAUACUGAAAGAGCUUGGAUACACUGAGCAAAUGGUUUACAAAUUUUAAGAAUUGUAGGAGCAUCUUCUGGAAUGAUUAAUGGCUGAGGAAUUUAUAUAAUAAAACGGUUUUUCAUUUAAAGAAAAAAUAGUUGGCUGCGGAUGAAUAUUUCUACAUGAAAUAAACCUGCAAUUGCACAGGAGAGAAAGUUGUUGAUUCUUUAAGUGGCUGUUGAAAUUUCCAAAAUUUA